UAGUAUUUUAUCUCCAUAGAUUGGUAUGUGACUUCUAUAUAUGUCUUAUCAUUUAGAAGUCUGCGACCAAAUUUACAAGAUGGACACUAAGUUGAAUUUCUUUCUGUCUUUUGCCGUUCUAUUAAACUCCGCCAAUGGCUUUUUGUUUGACGUCAUUACAAACCAUCUACCACAUACAGUAUGUUACGGGGAUCUCGGAUGUUUCAAUAAUGGGAUACCAUUCCUUGACCUUUUGCAUCGACCAUUAUCAGUAGCCCCAGAAUCACCUGCAAAGAUAGGCACGCGAUUUUUGCUGUAUACGCGGGCCAAUCCUACCAUGGCACAGGAGCAAGCACUUGACCCGCACGCUGACACGACAAUACAAAGUUCAAAUUUUGAUGGGUCAAAACCAACAAAAAUUAUCGUGCACGGUUUUACCCAUAAUGCCCACAGAACAUGGAUUCUUGAUAUGACCAAGGAACUUCUAAUCGCGGGUGACUUCAACGUGAUUACCGUGGACUGGCAUAACGGAGCAGUGUUACCAUACGAGAAGGCUACUGCUAACACACGAGUGGUUGGAGCCCAGCUAGCCCAACUCGUCAACAAGCUUAUAAAGGGCUAUAGCUCCACCUCGGCAAUGUUCCACAUUAUCGGACACAGUUUAGGAGCACACGUUGCUGGGUAUGCCGGGGAGAGAAUAAGUCACCUUGCUAGAAUCUCAGGGCUUGACCCGGCUAGUCCUUAUUUUGAAAACAUGGAUAUAAAAGUUCGUCUGGACCCAAGCGACGCAGAUUUUGUUGACGUCAUUCACACAGACGGCGGCGGUAUUAAGAACAUUGGUUUUGGUGCUACACAAGAAAUGGGCCAUGUUGACUUUUACCCUAAUGGUGGAGAACGUCAACCAGGCUGCUCGGCCGACGCUGUUGAUAAACUUGGCGCAACAAGCUGGACUGCUAUAACUUCACUGUUUAAUUAUUAUGCCGAGGAGGAAGCACUGGCAUGUAGUCACGAACGCUCGUACUACUACUUCACAGAAUCUAUCAACUCUCCAUGUCCAUUCACUGCCUUCGUGUGUCCCAGUGCAGACGACUUCCACAAUGGGCAUUGCGUGAGGUGUAAAAAUGACGGAUGCUCAAGGAUGGGUUACCAUGCCGACCAGUUUGAUGCACGUGGGAAACUUUACCUUGAGACAGAAUCUAGCUCAACAUUUUGUGAUUAUGUGUAUCAACUCAACAUUAGUACUAUAAACAACUUUGAUGGUAUAAUUACAAUAACACUGGAGGGAGUAAAUGGAACAAUAGGACCAAAACCCUUAAUGAGUAAAAAUGAGCUACAUCUACGGAAUGAGGUCAUCAGUAAAACGUUCUUGAGUAGGACCGACAUAGGUGAUGCCAAAUCUCUAACGGUGCAUUAUGAGAAGAUUGGUACCGUGCUGAUCAGUGGCUCGUACCCGGAUGACUGGCACGUGCUCGGUAUCUCCGUCUGGAGGGCAGACGAUCAAAAACGGAAUUCAUUCUGCGCCUAUCACAAGGAGAUAGAUAACCACAAGAACGCCUUAUUUGGUCGCUCUGGUACCUGCUAAGACAACUCUACAACCUCGUACCUGACUUGUCACAUAAACAAUUAAAAUCCUAGAUCCUA